AUGUUUGCGACCGUCUUCAAUCAGCACGGGGAGGGAGAGGGCUUCGUGAAGGUAGAUUUGGAGGGAGAGAGGGGAGAAGGAGGGGCGCCCUACGCAGAAGUCAAGUAUGAGGAAGGGACCUUCGGCGGGGAAGUCAUCUUUGUGCCACGGGAGGGAGAGAGGGAGGGCGGUGGAGAAAGGGAGGAGGACGACGGCUAUCUGCUUACCUUCACCCAUUCGUAUCCGAGAAACGUGAGUGAAUUUCGGGUCUAUGAUGCGAGGAGGAUGGAGGGAGGGGGGGAGGAAGGGAAGGAGGGAGAGAGGGAGGCGUUGGUGGCCUCGGUGGCGCUGCCUCGACGGGUCCCAUGGGGCUUUCACGCCCUCUGGGUGGAGCAAAACGAGCUCGAGAAUCAACGCGACAGAGUCGUGUUAAGGAAAGGGAAGGUCGUGGAGGAGGGAGGAGGGGCGGCAAGGAAGGCGAAGGAGGAACUCUGA